AUGAACUACACGAUAAUCACGAGCCAAUGCAAAGGACCCAGCUACCCUCCCAAGGAAUGUUGCUCGGCGUUCAAGGACUUUGCCUGCCCUUACAGCGAUGUCAUUAAUGAUCUGACCAACGACUGUGCAUCAACCAUGUUCAGCUACAUCAACCUCUACGGCAAGUAUCCGCCUGGUCUUUUCGCAAGCGAGUGCAGGGAAGAUAAACAAGGACUAUCUUGCCCUGCACUUUCGCCCUCCCAAUCUGCCAACGACAGUGGAAGUCAUGAUUUACGAGCCCGAUCAGCACUGCUGAUACUCUCAACUGCAUUGCUAGUUAUAUUGCUUCAGUUACUUUGA